UAGGCAUCAACGGUUGACCUUGCCUCUUGCUCGCGUGUCUACAAUUCAUCUGUCGCAUCAUCUGUCACAUAGUUACCAUGGUCAAACUGUCAAAUUCCCCGAGGGCUGCUUGGCUGUAUCCUUUUCGGGGAAUCUACUACUUCGCGACCCAUCGCUUCCUCUGGCCCUUGUUCAAGACCCGUCUCAUUCCGAUCAUCUUCCUUUCGAUCUUCAUAUAUGCACUGCUCUUCAUCUUCGCAUAUCUGCCGCAGGUGGCCUUCCUGGCUAUCUUCCAGGGUCGGAGUGCGUGGAUCAACGGGUUAGUCUUGGUUCUGGGUGAGGGUUCUGCCAUUGUGGCCAUCCUGUUCGAGGCCUUCUUCGUCGACGAGACGUUGGUGGAUAUAUUCGAUGCCGUACUUGUGAGCGAGGGAUAUGGUGACCUCGUCACCACGUCGCGCGUCCUGUACCCCCAGGGUGAGGACGUCGUGAAGCGGCUGGGCAAGCCUCUCCACAGUGCCGUCUACGCGCCCUUCUCCUUGCGUCAGAUUGUGGAGUUUGUCGUGCUUCUCCCGUUGACCUUUAUCCCCAUUGUUGGUGUGCCCCUAUUUCUCGUCCUGACGGGCUAUCGGGCGGGCCCGUUCCACCACUGGCGAUACUUCCAGUUGCUGGAUCUCUCCAAGCAGCAGCGGAAGGAGAGGAUCCGGGAGCGACAGCUGCAGUAUACGGGGUUUGGAACGGUAUCCUUGAUCCUCCAGUUGGUCCCUCCGCUCUCGAUGUUCUUUCUCAUGUCGACGGCCGUGGGAUCGGCGCUUUGGGCUGCGGGGAUCGAAAACAAGCGCGACGCUUUGAACAGACAGCCGGAGGAUGUAGGAGAUUUCCACGACGAUGGUAACGAGAACGAUGCUGUUGUUUGAUACGCUCUCAAGCGAGUUCACCCUUCGAAUUCUUGUACUCGAGGCUUCUACGAAAAGUAUAUAUAUCCCCCCACAUGGACUCGUCCAUUGCAUUGAAGUUUGUGCGCGAUUAUUCGUGGCUUUGCAAUUGUAUAAGACCUGAAACGAAGCGUCCCUUCUCCAACCAUUAUGCACGUUCGAUGCGGUCGCCGGUUUAGGCAACCUGACGGAGUAAUCCGAUCCAUCCAUGCAGUCGGAGCACGUCCGGGGGUUUCUGCAGAGUGGAGAUUUUCUCCGCCAUGCUACCCCUUUCCUUGGUUCUCCAUCUCUGCCGCCUAGUGGUGUAUCUCACUAAGAGUAAUAGACUCUAGACUAAAGCGCCAAGGCUACCAAUUGGCUUCGAAGAGGACGGAGAAAGAACCGACUGACUACAGUCACCCAUGGUGCUUGAAUUGCGAUGACUAAAGAGGUAAACAGCUUCGUCGCCCUAAUAUUAAUUAAUAAU